AGAACAUGAAGAGUAGAGUAGUCGGACGAAGACUAGGAGAGAUCGGGUCAACGGAAGCCAAAGUGAAGAUUCUCUUGGCCGUUUCUGGAGGCUCUAGAGGCGAUGUUUUGCUUGAACGAACGGCAGACUAUAUUCACUUUCGAGGGUUAUCAGGAGGUCCCUUGGGAGAGAAGAGAGGGUCGCUUUGUCCGGCAGGUCCCAUAUUUCAAGGGAAGCUCGUUGAAAAGCCCUGUACGGUGUAGGUAGAGUACGUGUACGUGUCCUCCUCCUCGUCGUCUCUACAUCUCUACGAAUUCGGUCCAUGAAGCGUGCACUAACAGCCGAGAGAAAGAGUAAGUAAAAAAAAAAAGGCGAACAAAAAUUGGAGGACGUCUGGCGCCACGUCGAUUCAACCGACGCGUUUCGAAAUCUCAUCCGAUCGAACGUGCCCGGAAAGAAAGAAAAGGAACGCUAUUCUUUACGUCUUUACGAAACUGUCAAAGAUGACGAGGCUCGGAGGGAUGCUGGUUCUUGUAGAAGCCUUUCUGAUGACCACAUUCUUUAUCAGUUCAACCGCUGAACUUUAUACGGCAUUGGCGGAUAUGGAAGAACUUUUGGAGACUGAAUCGGUUCUCAUAGAUACUCUCAAUGGAUACAUAAAAGCUCAGGAGCAACGAUUGGCUACUCUAAGAAAGAACGUAGAAGAUUACAUGAGAGAACACGAGGAGGCUUCAAGAAAUAUACAGCAAUAUCUGUCCAAUCCAAUAAAUGCUUAUCUGUUGGUCAAGAGAUUAACUACAGAUUGGAAAAGGGUAGAGGAACUUAUAACCGAAGACGUUGGCAAGUCAUUCGUAGCGAACAUCACGAAUUCGAGGAGUGACCUUAAGUUUCCGACGGACGAGGACCUCAACGGAGCUGCAGUAGCUCUUAUGAGAUUGCAGGAUACCUACAAACUCGAGACCGCGCAAGUAGCCAGAGGUGUUCUGAAUGGGGUACAAUAUAGCACCGGUUUAAGUGCGAGCGACUGUUUCGAACUUGGACGACAAUCUUACCAUAAUAGAGAUUACUAUCACACCGUGUUAUGGAUGCAAGAAGCUAUGGACCGUCUGCAAGAAGAACAGAACACAACGACAACUUCGAAGCCUGAUAUUCUCGAGUAUUUGGCUUUCUCCACGUAUAUGCAAGGUAAUGUUGCACGUGCUCUGAGUAUGACAAAUGAGCUUUUGGAAUUAGUACCAACCCACGAACGAGCGCUUGGUAAUCGAGCUUAUUAUCAAAAGGAAAUUCAAAGUAAAGCGAAUCUUAUGAAAAAGAAACGUGGAGAGGAUGGACGGGACGACACAGCGAUACCUGAACAGCACUUUACUGUCACCGAGGAAAAGGUGAAAACUUGGGAAGAGAUGACAGAGAGGGAAAGAUAUGAGAUGCUCUGCCGUGGUGAAGUUUCAAUUCCCCCGAAAAUACAGAAGGAUCUAAAGUGUCGUUACGUCGAUCGUGGAAUUCCUUUCUUGAAAAUAGCCCCGCUCAAGGAGGAGGAAGCUUAUCUUGAUCCUAGGAUCGUCGUUUAUCAUAACGUCAUUUAUGACGAAGAGAUCGAAACGAUCAAGAGAAUGGCUCAACCUAGGUUUAAACGUGCCACUGUCCAGAAUUACAAAACUGGUGCACUUGAAAUCGCCAAUUACAGAAUCAGCAAAAGUGCGUGGCUUCAAGAACAUGAACACAAACACGUAGCAGCUGUGAGCAAACGUGUCGAGCACAUGACCAGUAUGACCGUUGACACUGCAGAAGAGCUACAGGUUGUAAAUUAUGGUAUCGGUGGUCACUAUGAGCCUCAUUUCGAUUUUGCUAGGAAAGAAGAAACAAAUGCUUUCAAGAGUUUAGGAACUGGAAAUCGUAUUGCCACUGUUCUAUAUUACAUGAGCGAUGUAGAGCAAGGUGGUGGUACCGUAUUUACUGCCAUUAACAUAUCUCUUUGGCCUAGAAAGGGUAGCGCUGCUUUUUGGUACAAUUUAAAACCAAACGGCGAGGGUGAUUUUAAAACGAGACACGCAGCUUGCCCGGUACUUACGGGAUCUAAAUGGGUCGCUAACAAGUGGCUUCACGAAAGAGGACAAGAACUUCUUAGGCCUUGCACGUUAGAAAAUCAAUCUGCAGAUGAGGCUGAUGUUAGACAUUGAACAAAAUUCACGAGCCUGCGACUAGACUGAUUCGUUAAGUGUCAAAUCGAAUCGUAUGAAAUAUUUUCGUGUUUUCACAAAUAACGAAGAUCAAAGAUACGAACAAUCUCGUCGCAGUUCGCUUUUGAUUCGAUCUUAUGCUAAAGUUACGAAAUAACACGUGGCUAUUAUUAAAAAGCGAGAAUUCAUUUUACAAAGAAUUCAUCGUCUCGAAAAGAGAAAUACAUUGGGAAAUAUCAUAAUAUUAUAUCGAUAAUAUAUGGUAAACGAAAAAAUUCAUUGGACAUCCCAUUUACGAUAACUUUCUUCUUACGAUUGCGAAUAACUUAUUAACCGAUAUUUAAAUAGGUAUUGAUUAAUGAAGUUUGACUAAAUGAUGCAAACAUGCUUUGUCUGCCUAUCCGUUUUAUUUAUUACAAAGGUAAUAAUACACUCUUUUUACCUGGAUUUAUUAUUUAAUUAUUAACAUUCCCAUCGUGUAGUAAACAUUUUCAUGGAAAGGAUGCAUUUAUUAUCUGUUUUCUUUUCUUUUUUUUUUUUAUUUCGUUAUGAAGAUUUACAAAAAAGAAAACAAAAAACGUAAUAAUUAUUAACCAAUGAGUUUUCAACAUGGCAGAGAAUAUUUGAUUUUAUAGAAAAUGAACUAUCCUCGUCACAUAUUUAAAAAUAUUUUCGUGCUCCAAUAUUUCCUAAGUGUUUGCUCAAUUUCUGUAAAUAUUAUACGAUAAGGAUAUAUUUUAUAGUUUAAUACUUACAUACAUUUGGUCGGAUCUUCGCGUUUAACCCUUUGCGGAAAAGAAAAACAAUUUAUAACCGAGUGAUAUAUAAUGGUACUCUCUCUCUCGAAAAAAAAAAACAACAUAGAUAUAUGUAAAAUCUAUCGCGAACAUUUAUAAUUUACGCUUAUGUCAAAAGUAUAAGUAUUAAAGGAUUAACGAACACAUAUAUAUAUUAUAUACAUACAUAUAUGAACGUAUUGAUCAUGUCACCGAUUGUUUCUGUCGAAUUUAUAUCUGUUUUUAUCAGAUAUUUUUAUUAUUUAAUUAAUUAUUGAAAUUAAACUUAUAAGUAUACAUAUAUGGAAUCGAUCAUCCGCAUAGGAUUAAACGAAUUGUAUACGAAUUGCUUGUAAAUGAACGAAACGAAGACGGCGAGUAUAUAAACAAAACACAUGAUUGUUCCUUUCCUUUUUUUUUUUCUUUUUUUUCCACGGUGAUAUCGAGCUUUAGGAAAUAAGACGAAUGUCAUUCAUAGAGUCUCUUAAUCGAAUAAGAGAUAUAUUCUGCUCAAUUAUAAAAUAUUUACGUAAAUUACGUAUAUCCAACGUACGAUUAGCUGCAGUCACUUAUUUCUAUACUCUACUCUCAAAGUCUUUGAUUUCUUAAUUAAACGAAUUUUAUUUCCAUAAAUCAUGUGUAUCGUAAGUACAUGCAUAUAUGUAGACAAGAAUGAUUUGUGGAAACUGUAUGAUGCAGUAACGAUACGAGAUAAAGAGUAAUUAAGAGAGAAUGAUGACAGUUCGAGAAUGCGAUCGUUAUAUUGUAAACGUGAUUUCUUUCGCAAUCAUUAAAAAACAAAAAGACAAAAGACGAAAAAAAGAAACUGAAUCUUUUCGAGAAAAUAGAAUUAAUCGACGUUUAUCGUUAUUUAAUACGACGAAAUCGAUGAAACAAGUCAAUAAAAUUUAUUUCACAUUUAUACACACUCAUGAUAGUACGCAAAUGUUCAGAAUAAUUUUAUAAAAAUAACGCUUCUAACGUUUACAUUGAAAAUAGUUGUCAGAUCGUGCAACGAGUCAAAGGUCUCAAAAGUCAGACAUAUUCAGUUUCAAAUUUUCAAGAAUUUACAUAAGUAGUUCUUUUUUUCUUUUCUUUUUCUUUUUUUUUUAUACGUAUACAAUAUUUAACAAUUGAAGAAGCAUUCAUAGAGCUUAUAAAAAUCGCAUCGCAAUCUCGUUCGAUCGAGAGGCGCACUUGCGCGUUGUUAAAAUGCGUUGUUAUCGCACAGGAUUAUUGUUAGCCUGACAAAAGGCCAAAGUAACUUAUCCUGCAAGCGAGUUUUUCUCGUACGCGUUACGAAAUAAAGAGGAUCUGCGUGUAAUUCCCGUGCGUAAAACGAUCGAGCGAACGAUCCGAUCGUUUAAUUAAUUAAAAUUCAACGAAAAAUAUAAUAAAUAAAGGGAAAAAAUAAGAGGGACGGGUAAUCAUCGAGUUAACGCAGUUUUCCUAACUUUAAACGCUUAGCUCUUAAGUUCGUUCGCAACGAUCGAAUUAAUGCGUUCCACGAGAAAGCAACGACGAUCAAUAAACUUUUACAAAUCUCAAGAUAAA